UCCGAAAGCAGUACUUGCAUAGCAACCGACGAGUGAACAUCGCGAGUUCAAGCGAAUUUCUCGUUGCCUAAACGACACAAAGCAAUAACAUUUCAAAUAACGUUUUCUUCAAUUUCAUCGCAUAACAAGACUUAAAAAUCAUCAUGUCUCUGGUACCAUUGCUGUUCUCCGACUGGUGGGAGGAUUUGGACCGCCCGCACCGACUGCUGGAUCAGAAUUUCGGUUUGGGUCUGUACCCGGAACAAUUGCUGUCCCCCAGCCGCAUGGAGCUGUAUUUGCAACCACGAAGAAGAGCAUCGUACUACAGACCCUGGGCUGAUUUGCUUCGCACGAGCGAGGGAGGUGCAUCGACCGUUCAGGCCGACAAGGACAAGUUCCAGGUAGUGCUCGAUGUCCAGCAAUUCGAGCCUAACGAGAUCGACGUUAAAGUCGUCGACAAGUUUGUGGUGGUCUCGGCGAAGCACGAAGAGAAACGCGACGAACAUGGCUGGAUCUCCCGUCAGUUCAUGAGAAAAUACAUGAUACCGGAACAGUGCGAUCUCGACCAGGUUCAGUCGAAGCUUUCCUCCGACGGUGUACUUACCAUCACUGCACCAAGGAAGGACCAACCUAAGAUCGAGAACGAGAGAACCAUUAAGAUCGAGCACACCGGCAAACCGGCGAUCCAGAAUAAACCGUCGAAACAGCAGCAGCAGCAGCAGAAGCAGGGCGAGGAGAAGAAAGAAGAGAAGAAGUGAAGAGGUUCCGUACUACUAUCUGCCAUUCAUGAUAUUCCUAUUCGAUAUAGUCAUUAAUCGUUUAUCUACGGUUUAAAAAUAUUAUAGUAUUUUAUAUGUUAUUAGUUCACCAACGUUCAACGAUAGGUUUUUAUAUUUAUAAGUUGUCAUUUCGUUUCAUAGCAUAUCAUUUCGUUUUCGUUAGAGAUUAAUAUACGUAUGUGUAUAUAUUCUCUGUCAGUAAGAAGACUAUUAAAGACAAUGUGUGUCAUUUUUUUA